AUGAUUUCCAAGAUUAUCCUUUGCAUCUGCCUUGUGUAUUUCAUUGUCAUAGCUUUCACAGUAGAGAGGGGAUACUGUGCUCGGCCCUUGACAGCAGAUGACCCACGAUUCCUCAUGGCCGUCACCUAUGAAUUCAGUGCCGCAAACAACCGCCUAUUCCUGGAGCGGCCUGAAUGGCUUCGACAAGCCAUCUGUUUGUCUGCUUACAUUUUCCCAUUUUACUAUGUUGCUGUUCUGGCAACGGCAAUAAUGGAUGCUUGGCAUGUCAAACCUCUCCAAUAUUUUCUUCUAAUCUUUGUGGGGUUCAAGAUCUAUGCCUUUGGGUUCUAUCAUUUCUUCCAAUUUACAAGCCAUGUCCCACCAGAAAAUUUGCUACCUUAUUGGGCAGCCGAGGGCCCCUACAUUGUUGCCAUUGGGCUUGUUCUCAAAAAUGUUUGGGAUGCCAUGACAGGCACAGCUGAUAAUAAGCCAAAGUCCAACUGA